AUGGUGAGAGCUAGUGGAAAAAGCUCCGAAUCAUCGACUGAUCUCGAUGUCGUUAGUUCAAUUCAGAAUGUUUGGGAUAAGUCUGAAGAUCGUUUAGGUCUUAUUGGUUUGAGUUUUGCUGCUAUUGUAGCUCUCUGGGCUUCACUAAACCUAAUCACGGCAAUCGACAAAUUGCCUGUUGUCUCCUCCGGGUUCGAAUUAGUUGGUAUCUUGUUCUCUACGUGGUUUACAUAUCGAUAUCUCUUGUUCAAACCCGACAGAGAGGAGCUCUCCCAAAUUGUCAAGAAAUCAGUAGCGGAUAUACUUGGUCAGUAA